AUGUCUAAAAAUUCUGGCUCAACACCAAGCAAAAUCACCAUAGAUCAAUCGCCCCCUAGGAUUGCAUGUGCUAAUGUGGAUCAUUCAAAUGUUUUAACUGAUGUCGUUCCUCUCACCAUUGCUCUAGGAUACAUUCCUACUAAAAGGAGGGCAAAAACACCUACUGUGAAAAAGGCUAGGCCUAAAUUUGUUGCAUCUACAAAAGGUUAUGUUGUUCCAAAAGUAGUGGGUAGUGUUGAAUCAUUUGGAAAAAUCUUACUUUGUUAUGUCACUACAUCCUUGGCCCAAACUGAUCAUCAUAUUGAAACCCCACUUGAAAAAUCUGAUGGAAAGUCUGAUUGUGAGUCUGUUCCAAUUAAGUCCCCUGAAAAAUAUGAAGAGAAAGAUGAUUCUGAUAGUAUGUAUGUUGAUAUGUCUGACAAAGAAGAAAAAUCUGGUGUGAAGAAGGAUCAAUCUACAUCCAUUAUAAAUAUAGAUGAUCAGGACUCUGAUGAUGAGCCCAUUGGUAAGAGAAUGGCUCCAGGGAUGGCUAAGAGGUUAAAGAGUAGAAAAGGGAAAGUUGUUGAGUCUACAAGCAAGCCUCCCAAGGCUCCCAAGAAAAGUAAAAGUGUUGGUCCUACUAAAGGGUGGAGCAAGGUUGUAACUCUUACCAUGAAGAAAAGCUCUUUGAAGAGGAAGAAAGUCCCCUCUAGUUCUAGUGACUCUGAGUAUGAUAUCGAACAGAAUGUUCAAGACAUCAUGCCUCUAAAGAAAGUUGUUGGGAAACAGUUCCAUGCUAAUGUACCUGAAGUUCCCAUUGAUAAUAUCUCUUUUCACUAUGUUGAGAAUGUUGAAAAAUGGAAGUUUGUGUACCAACGGAGGUUGGCUUUAGAAAGGGAACUUGGGAAGGAUGCCCUUGAAUGUAAGGAAGUAGUAAGUCUUAUUGAGAAUGUUAGGUUAAUGAAAAGUGUGGCUAGUUUUGGCAAGUGUUAUAAGAUACUUGUAAAAGAGUUCAUUAUGAAUAUUUCUAAGGAUUGUGAUAACAAGAGGAGUAAGAAGUUCAGAAAGGUGUAUGUGAGAGCAAACAUAGCUACAGGUUUGGGUAAAUUCAUUUACAUUGUUGGAACCAAAACCAAGUUUGAUAUUGGGUCUUAUGUCUUUGAGAAAACCCUGAAGCAUCCUAGUACUUUUGCUGUGAAAAUGCCUAUUACUUUUCCCUCUCUAAUUUGUGGAAUAGUUAUGAGUCAGCACUCUGGGGUCUUGAUCAAUUCUGAUGCAACAAGUAAGAGGGAAUCUUCUAUAUCCUCGCAUUAUAGGUUAUUUGUAGGUACACAUGUCCCGGACAUUGUUAUGACAUCUGGAAAGAAAUAUAUUACCUCUACUUCUAGGACAAGAAUCAUUGCUGAAUUAAAAGACACAUGCAAAACCUUGGAUGAAACCAUCAAAGCUUGUACUGAAAAGAAGAGCAUGCUUGAGAUCUUGAUAAAUGCUUUGUCUGAAGAAGAUGCUGAGGGAAACCUGGAUGGUGAUCAGGAGGAGUAUAAGGAAGUUGAAGAAGAUUUUGAUGCAAGUGAUGAUGAUGUUGCAGAGACAGCCACCGGUAAUGGCGACUGA